AUGCACCUCGAAUCGUCGACGCUUCUUCAUGUGAAGGCCGAACAAGAAGAAGAAGAAGAAGAAGAAGAAGAAGAAGGAGAAGAGCACGAUUACGGUAGCGACGAGAAGGAGGAGGAGAUGAUGCUCGAGACGGCGCCCGUUAAGACCGUCGGCGAGUUGAAGCGGCCCGAUUUGAAGGGUGAGUUCGACGGGGGACUAGUUUUUUUUCGGCGAAAAAGUUAGGCCACGGUCUGAUAUUGUAAAUGUGCCAUUUGCAGGCUCGUUCCGAUGCUCAAUCUGCUCGAAAGUUUUCUGUCACUCGUCGAGCCUGUCGCGCCAUCGAAUGCAGGCGCACUUUAAGAGUUACAAGUGCACCGUGUGUCGCAAAGACAUUUCCAGUGAGUCGGACAAUAUUACGAUAUUAUCGGGUUCCAAAAAGGUGUGACGAGCUUAUCCGGCGGAUCCGCGCAGCUUGGUCUAUAAGCUUAUGUGCUGAACAAUUUUUGCAUGCAAAAUGUAUGUCUUGGCGCCUUGUUUGAUCAAUGGAGUGGUGGUGUUUUGGGAGGAUGUAGCUAGAAUUGGAAAUGGAUGAUAUCGCGAAGCGAGUUACCGUAAUCCUGAUCCUACAGUAGUCCAAACAUCCUCCUUAAAGCGUUGUUUACCCGAAAUUCACACGUUUGUUUAUGAGAAAUCAUCGAAUUCGCUCGGAAACCCGCUCCGAAUUGUUAUUGUCGGAUUCUCGGUGCCGAUCAGGUGUUCCUUCCGUUGUUUACUCGCUCUGUCCGUCUUCCUCUUGAUCUCAUUCUCGCCGCUUUUCACUGUUUCUUUCUUCUUCUUCUUCUUCUUCUUCUUCUUGUUUCGCUACUAUCCAUCCCGAAGACGAUUGAGGUCAUCCGGAGAAAGAGAGAGAGAGAGAGUGAAUGGGGUUGCGCAAUGGGAGAAUCAAGAAGAGGGACGUGCCGAGGUAUACUGUAUCUUUGACCACUUGUAUCUCGGUCGGUUUUUGAGAUUUUUGAGUGGUUGAAAAAGGAAUCGAUAGAAAAUUUUAAGCUCUACAACUUUCUAGUAGGCAACUUUUUAUGAUUCGGUGAUCGCGACGAGAUAAUCGACAAUAUCUGAACCGCACACAAAUCAUGGGCACUAUGUAGUAAAAGGACAAUAUCUCAACGCCCACGCAUUAUCAUAAAAACUCAACAACUGGAAAGUUAUAGAGCUUAAAAUUUUCUAUCGAUUUGUUUUUUAAUCAUCUGAAAAUCUCAAAAAUUGAUUGCAAAAACUCUGAGCAAAAUUACUGGUCGGUUAGAAGUUGGCUCAAAAAAGGUUCAACUUUGACCCCUUGUAUCUCGGUCAGUUUUUGAGAUUUUUGAAUGGUUAAAAAACGAAUCGAUAGCAAAUUUUAAGCUCUACAACUUUUUAAUACAUCAAAUUUCACCAUCUCCCCUCCACGCACAAAUAUAGCUCAAUUUUCAGGCAGUGAAUCUCUACGUACCCACAUGUUCAAACAACACCAUAUUUCUCGAAUGUACAUGUGCCGAUGCUGUAAUUGGGCGUUUCCGGACAAGUCCCUUCUGCACAUCCAUCUACAAUCGAUCAAUAAUAACAAUGAAAGUGUGCCGCAUGCGGUGAUCAACAGAAGUUGCCACGUCAUCACCGAUCCGUUUCAGUGUAAGUUUGGAAAAGUAUCCAAAUGCGAUCAUUUUGAGUUGAAAACGACCGUAACCCACCGCGAUUACAGUAAUCCGCAGUCCGCUGCUCACGCUCACGAGUCCGCCAACGACUAUUGUCGAUCCGAUCCCCCUGCCGAUCGCCGCCAACUUUCCCAUUCCGACUUCGGUUCUGGCACCGCUCGCCACCGACCCCCCAACAUUCUCCCAUCUCGCCGGCCUUCCCAAACCGAUUCCCAGUACGGUUUUCCAGAAAAAAACUUUAAAAAAAAGUGGAUUUUUGCAGUCACAACGCCGAUUUAUCUGCCGGAGAAGAAGGAAAGUGAGGAGAAGACGGAAACGUACACUUCGCAGAGUCCCACUUGUUCUUCUGCCAGUUUCAAGUCCGAUUUAAGCGCGUUUCAUUUGUUGGUGAGUCUGAAACAGAUAUUGUAGAGUUCGCAAAAAUGAUAUGGCUCUCAAACUUUUUGUGCAUGAUCUCGGCAUCUAGUAGACUAUUUUUGUAGUUGAUCACUUUUUUUUACAAUCACUUUCAAGACUACUGUAGCGUCUGGAAGUUGGGUCACCGAAAAUUCUUUGCACUUUGAGUUGUCUAACUUCCAAGACCUACAGUAAUCCGGGAUGCAGUCAUAGUAAAAAGUUGUCAACUACAAAAGUGUAGUACACAUUUGGCAGAACAUUUUUGUAGUUCACAAUUUUUCUACACAACCGCUCCGAAAAGUACUGUAGCUCUUGGAAGUAAGGUCACCUAAAAUGCAAACGCGUCCCGGUGGUCUAACUUCCAAGAGCUACAGUAGUCCAGGGAGGAGUCGUAGAAAAAAGUGAUCAACUAGAAAAGUGUAGUUCUAGAUGCCUAGAAUGUGCACAAAAAAUUUGAGAGCGAUAGAAUUGCGAUGAACUCUACAAUACUCGUUCAAAGUGUUCUUUUCCACUAUUCCAACUGUCACAAUUUAAUUCCCGUUGCAGACGUGCUCGGAACGCGCGCUAAUCGGCUCCCCGGUGGACACGGCCUCUCCCUCUGGAUCCUCGGCCUCGUCGCGCAUCAGUCCCCGCCACGACUGCUUCGAUUGCCACGUCAGCAAGACGAAAUUGACGAUCGCCGAGAACAAGUGCAAGUACCUCGAGAGCCGAGUGAGCACGCAGCAGCAAGAGGCCUUCGAGACGCACGCCCAGAUGAACGGGCUCGAGCAGACGGUGCUCCGUUUGCGGAUGGAGGCCCACGUGCUCCGCGAGCACAACGACUUGUUCCAGCGCAAACUUCUCGAGUGUCAGGUUCGUCGAUACCGAAAAAGCACCACAAAAAAUGCCCAAAAUUUCCAGAACCUGGCCGUCAAAUACUUGCAAAACGAGAAAUCGUGCGAACCGCUGCAACUCAACGCAUUUUUGCGCACCCUUAUAAAUAACACAAUUUUGGGCCAUGCACCAUAG